AUGACGACUAGGACCAUCCAUGGGAACUCGCGAUUCCAGAAACUCUCUUCUCUACGCUGGAAGUGGGAGUCACCCGGUGGAGGUUACCGCAAUGAAAUAGACCACAUCAUCGUCAAUAAAAGGUUCUGCCUGACGGACGUCGCUGUUGUACCAAAGUUCUAUACGGGAUCGGACCAUCGCCUCUUCCGAGGAAGAUUUUCCUUCACAAGGAGAGAAAAGAAGGCCGCCAAGUUUAGGGAGAAAAAUCCCAGAACUAUCAUCAGCUGGGAUCUCUUCGCUACGCUAGCCGGCAUUUGGGAAGAUUCCGCAAUGGGUAACAUCGACCAGGAAAAUGACCGGCUCGUUGAACACCUUCACGACUGCGCGAAGAAGGCUGAGAGUUUUAAAACCAUCAAGAGACGCCUGUCUCUUGAAACUCUUGAGCUAAUACACCAGCGUGGAGCAGCACGAGCCGCAGGGAACCAAGAGCUCACGUCCGAGCUCGCAAAGCUUUGCAGAGAGGCGAUAAAGGAAGACCUUAAAGAGAGAAGAGCAGAAGUGCUGGCUGAAACUGCAGAGGCGGGAAAGGCAUCUGCUAUGCCCGUCGAGACUUCGCCAGUCACAAGACAAGGAUGA